UUAAUUGUAGGUACAAUCGGUCUUUUAUUUGAUAUAAAUAAAAGAAAGCGUUAAAGAAGCGAAACAAACGCAAGUACACACGGCUUUACGCUGCCUCCUUGGUACCCGCUUUUGCAAACUUCGGCUUCUCUCUGCAAACUCCAAAUCAUUCUCAAACUCCUCCACGCACUCUCUCACCAUAGUUCACUCUUAAAUAGCUAUCAAAACCCUGAUCUUCCAAUACCCGACUUCUUUCUCCUAUUUCAUUAUCACGAAUACCACUAUCAGAACUCUGGGUUUUGGUCCCUGGAUUGUUUUUGAUUUGUUGAGUUUUUUUUGGCGCCUGUUGAGAGAUUAUGGUGAUGGCUGAGAAUGAAGCAGGGUAUGAUCCUAAGGAGGUCAAGUCACCAUGGAAGACUCCGAUGAUUGAUGCUCAGAAAGUGGCUGAUGCUCCUGUUAUGGGGACCAAAUCUUGGCCUGACCUUGGUGGGACCCAACAACCACAUGACAAUGCUUCGCUUGUUGCUGAUGGGUCUGCUCCAGCUCCAUCAGUUGAACAGGGAGCAGCUGGUCAGCAAAAACCAAAUGGGCCCAGAAACACCAAUGCUUCUCAUAAACAUUCAUCAGCACGUCAUCAGAAGUCAGGAUCUAAGCGCUACCCUAAUGCUGGACCCCAGUUUCCUGUUACCUUACCUUAUUAUCAACCCCCAAUUCCACCACCUGUUUUUCAUCCUAUGGUGCCUCCUCCACAGCACAUGGCAGUUCCUGGGUAUGGUUACCAACCUGUCCCUGGACCUUUUCCUGGCAUUGACCCUCAGCUGGUAAAAUCUGGUUCUGAGACAACAAAGAAUGCCUUUGGUCCCCCAGUUCAAGGUAUUGAUGCUAGCAGAAAUAUGCAGCCUCCUGCCAACUUCUCUAAUAGAAGGCCCAACAUGCAAGAAACUGGACAUUUGAAUCCUGGCUGGAAUCAUCAACGGACAUUUAAUCCUAGGGAACCUAUUAACAUGCCACAGGGUAUGGGACCCAGGCCUUUUGCUAGACCUCCAUUCUUUGGUCCUGCUCCAGGGUUCAUGGUUGGUCCAAAUUUCCCCGGGGCUAUAUACUACAUGCCUGUUGCUCCUCCAGGCUCCAUAAGGGGACUGCAUCCUCCACGCUUUGUUCCAUACCCUAUGAAUCCAGGGACUGCCAUGUUCCCUCCUGAGACAGUAACUUUGCGGGCCAAUAUAGUGAAACAGAUCGAAUACUAUUUCAGCGAUGCAAAUCUUCGAAACGACCAUUACCUGAUUUCCUUGAUGGAUGAUCUAGGAUGGGUUCCAAUCUACAAAAUUGCAGAUUUUAAAAGGGUUAAAAGAAUGAGUACAGACAUACAAUUUAUCCUUGAUGCACUGCUGGUUUCUUCUACUAUAGAAGUACAGGGUGAUAAGAUACGGAGACGUGAUGAGUGGUCUAAGUGGGUUCCUGCUAGUUCAAAGACAACAUUGUCCCAGAAAGCUCUACCUACUCAGUGCCAACUUGUAGAGGAUGUUACUGAUUCCUGUGGAAAUGGUAAUGUGAAAGAAGAUAAUUCAAGGUACACUGAAGAAAAUGUUUCACUUGAGGGCUAUCCAGUAGAAGUAUCCCAAAAAAGUAACAGAAAACUUGCAGCUCUGCAAGUUCUAUUAAACAGUGGGAAGCAAGCAUUUUCUGGUGGAAAUGUUGACUUGAAUAGGAAAAAAGUUUCUGAUUCCCACACUGAAUUCUCAGAUGUGGAUCAAUCACUAGGAGUUGAUCCUGUAAGCUUCACCAACCAUGGAACUGAAAGUGUGGGUCUAUUUGAUGCAACAGUAGAAAAUGUUGCUGACCUGUCAAAUGAUUUCACCCAAACAUUUAUGCUGGAUGAAGAGCUAGAGCUUGAGCAGAAAACAAAGACGCAUUCAGCACUUAACAGAAUGGAUGAUGAAGAUGAUGAGAUGGUUGUUGAUGAUCAGGAUGUUCAGAGACUUGUGAUUGUUACCCAGAAUAGCGGGGCAGGUGAUGGAUCCAAAGCUGAUGCAAAAGAUUCAAAGAGCAUAUCCAGUGAGCUUGCUGAUGUGAUAAAUGAUGGUCUUUACUUCUAUGAACAGGAGCUAAAAACUAAACGAGUUAGUCAUAGAAAGAAUAUCUCUAUUUGUGAUAAUAAAGAUGGAACUUCAAGGUCUCCAAGGGAUGCCCCAGGAGAAUCAAUUCCCAGGACAGGUGAAAUUGCUGUUGGGUGCAGUAGUCUUGAAGAGUCUGUUGUACUUAGUUCUCGGAGGAAGCAAAAUAAAGGCUUCUCCAAGCAACAUGCAUUCCAUAAGCAAAGAUUUUUCUCCAGCAAUACAAAGAAUCAUGGAACUGCUCGUAAUUCAAUUGCGAUAAUAUCAGAAAGUCCACCAACUAAUUCAGUUGGAUAUUUCUUUGGAUCUACUCCUCCUGAUAGUUAUGGCCCUAGGCCAUCUUUGAAGUUGAGCUGUUCUCCGCAUGGAACUCUUUCUAGCAGUCCACCAGUUGGUUCCCUGCCAAAGUCAUUUCCACCUUUUCAGCAUCCAAGUCAUAAGCUGUUAGAAGAAAAUGGUUUUAAGCAACAGAAGUACCUAAAGUUUCACAAGCGCUGCCUGAAUGACAGGAAGAAGCUGGGAAUUGGUUGCAGUGAGGAAAUGAAUUCGCUGUACAGGUUUUGGUCAUAUUUCCUUAGGGACAUGUUUGUCCGUUCAAUGUACAAUGAGUUCCGGAAACUUGCUCUUGAAGAUGCUGCUGCUAACUACAAUUAUGGGUUAGAGUGUCUUUUCAGAUUUUAUAGCUAUGGUUUGGAGAAGAAAUAUCGAGAUGAUCUUUAUAAGGAUUUUGAGCAACUUACCCUUGAUUUCUAUCAUAAAGGCAAUCUUUAUGGCCUUGAAAAAUACUGGGCUUUCCAUCACUUCCGAGACCAGGGAGAGCCCCUAAAGAAACAUCCUGAAUUGGAUAGGUUACUCGGGGAAGAAUACCGGGGCUUGGAAGAUUUCCGUGCCAAAGAAAGGAAUGCUGGCACAAGAGAUGACAGCCAAUAAGCCGUUGAAUCCCAAUUUUGAUAACUGGAUCACAGAGGAGUUCAUGGUCUCUCUCUCUCUCUAUAUAUAUCUUUUUCCUUGACUGCUGAGGAGAGAUGGCUUUUGUAUAUUGUACAUUGGGGGAAUCGGACAUCUCCACGCGGCUGCUCACUGCUGAUGUUCUGCGGUUUUGAUUCCUAAAUUCUUUUUUUAAUCAUUUUUAGCUCACUCCCCACCCCCAUUGAUGUACAUACGGGGAAAAUGGAAAACCUUCAAAAAAAAUUUAGAAGUUGUAGAAACUGUGAAAAUUGAACAAAUAAGAGAUUAAAAUUUUAAAGUUA